CCCCAAAUCCACAAUCAACGCCACGCCACGCGACGAUCCCAAGAGCGCACGCUUCUCCUCGCCGUCGUCCUCGCCCCGCCUCCGCUCCCCGAUCCCCAGACCGCCCCCCCCCCCUCGCGCCGGGCGAAGAAGAUGCACCUGUGGCCGUCGCUCCGGAUCCGGGACUCGUUCAAGCACGGCUACCUGCAGAAGAUGGAGCUCAACCUCGGCCACAUGAAGCGCGCGCAGCGGCAGGGAGAGGGGCAGCCGGUUGGGGGGCAGGAAGGCCAGGCCAGCGACGGGAAGGCGCCGCUGCUCCAGGACCGCUCGACGUCGGGCUCCGUUCUGGCCGGCGCGGUCGAGCUCGCCUGGGACGCCGUCUUGCUCUUCACUUGCUGCUGCUGCUGCUUCUGCUGUGGAGCUUGUAGCGAUGAAGAGGAUUACCCAACUGCCCGCUGAGAAGCUCCUUCAGGAGCCUGAGAAUUCAUCAGAUCAGGAAAAAAAACAGAUAAUUCAGGAGAACUGUAGUGAAUUGCAGCCAAAUAUUUUCUGGCAGCUGUGUAAAUAUGGUUCUCUAUUGCUCCUUGAUGUGGCCAAAAGUUGUCGCUGAAAGAACGGAGGAGAAAUAUCCUUCGAUUUCUUUCUCUAGUAGAACCCGUUCUGUAGGCUUGUUCGUCAUGUAAUCAAUUGUGUCUGUGUUCAAUUGCUGUUCUUAGCUUAUUUGUAGGUGAUUGCCUUCACCAGUUUUGCACCCC